AUGGUCGAACGAUACAGGUCCGACGCCCAUAGCUCUACCAGCAUUGCGGGUAUACACCAUAAGGAUCCCAAAGGAUUGCAUGUAACCCUAUGCUACAAGGACGAGGGACAGGCUACUCGUGGCACCCACGUGGCAAGCCAUGGUUACGUUGUCGAUGCGCAGAGCCUGGAAUUUCGAGAAGCAACACAUGCGCGAGAGAAGGCAGAUGGUACCAUGAAGUCUUCAGGAGGGCUCGUGUGGCCGCCGGAGAAUGAGCUCUAUGCCGCACCUGAGAUUGGGUACGGUCAUUUUCCACAGGACGACGAAUCUGACCACUGA